CGUGUAUGGUGCAGGCGUGAAGUGAAGAGUCAAGUCGUUUAAAAGCUUUUUACGAGCGAAACACUAUGUUUUUUACAUUAAUAAUAGAUUUAAUAUUCGCAUGACCACGACGCCGAGACAGGGGACUUAGAAGUGAAACAGAGACGUGAUCAUGCAGGUGUCCAUGAGAAAGCUGGCUCUCCAUCCCCUGUGUGCUGCUCCGUUUCAUCAAAGGAGGGCUGCUCUUUUGGGUUCAGUUCUCCGACUCCUAUCCCCCAGCACCCGCAACCUGUUCAGUGAGUCGGGAGUGUGGGAAAAAGACUAUCGACCUGAAACAAGACGCAGAGUGGAAGAAUGGUGGCAUCCACGACUUAUGGAGCAGUGGCGGAAGGAUGCACUGGAGCAGAAUGUCGACAGGAAGAAGUUUUACGUCCUUUCCAUGUUUCCAUACCCAUCAGGCCGACUGCACAUGGGCCAUGUGCGAGUGUACACCAUCAGUGACACCAUCGGUCACUUCCAGAGAAUGAGAGGUCAUCAGGUGCUUAAUCCCAUGGGUUGGGAUGCUUUUGGACUUCCUGCCGAGAAUGCAGCCAUAGAAAGAGGUCUCGACCCAGAGGAGUGGACUAAAAGUAAUAUCGAGUCCAUGAGGGAGCAGCUUAACAGCCUCGGGUUGUGCUUCAACUGGGACCGGGAGGUGACUACUUGUCUUCCUGAUUACUACAAGUGGACUCAGUAUCUAUUUAUCAAACUCUUGGAAGCAGGACUGGCAUAUCAGAAAGAGGCUGUUGUUAACUGGGACCCCAUUGAUCAGACGGUCCUGGCAGACGAGCAGGUGGAUGAAAACGGUCGAUCCUGGAGGUCCGGUGCUCUGGUGGAGCAGAAGCUAUUGAAACAGUGGUUCAUUAAGACUACAAACUAUGCCAAGCCUCUUCUGGAUGCUCUGGAGGACCUUCCGGAGUGGUACGGGGUCAAAGCCAUGCAGGCAAACUGGAUCGGAGACUGCAGCGGCUGCUACUUCGAUUUCAAACUUAAGGUGAACGGUGAAGAAACAGGGGAAACCCUGUCAGCAUACUGCUCUUCCCCAGAGAUGGUGUUUGGAGCAGCUUAUCUGGCCAUCCUGCCCUCCCACAGACUGCUGCACGGUAGCAGCUCAGUCCGCUCUGCACUCCAUGAAGCCUUCCAGCCUGGCAGAGACUGCCUAGCAAAGGUCACAGCCCACAACCUGCUCACUGGCCGCGAGGUUCCCCUGGUCAUUUCUCACAGGGACGCAUUUGAUGGCUAUCUGGACACUGUGAUUGGAAUCCCAGCCUGCAGCGAGGAGGAUCUGUCUGUGGCCAGAGCUCUGGACCUAGAGUGGACCACAGUGCUGGAAACUCAGAAAGAUGGGACACAAACCCUGAUCAACUCGGAAGAGUUCUCAGGCCUCACCAGACAACAGGCCUUUGAUGCCGUUACCCAGAAGGCCAAAGAGCUGAGGGUUGGCGGCCACCUUACGAGCUCCAAGCUGAGGGACUGGUUGAUAUCCAGACAGCGGUACUGGGGCACACCCAUCCCAGUCGUUCAUUGUGAAUCGUGUGGGGCCGUUGCAGUCCCUGAGGAGGAGUUACCGGUUACUCUGCCAAAGGCGUCAUCUCUCACAGGAAAGGGGGCGUCACCUUUGGAAGCGGCACAUGACUGGGUGGGCUGCAGAUGUCCCAGAUGCAAUGGCCCAGCAAGGAGGGAGACGGACACCAUGGACACAUUUGUGGACUCAUCCUGGUAUUACUUUAGAUACACAGACCCUCACAACUCUGACAGGCCUUUCAACCGCCACCUGGCAGAUCACUGGCUGCCUGUGGAUGUGUACAUUGGCGGGAAGGAGCAUGCCGUCAUGCACUUGUACUAUGCCCGCUUUCUCUGUCAUUUCUGCAAGGAUCAAGGUCUCGUGGCUCACAGGGAACCUUUUCGGAAACUCCUGGUCCAGGGCCUGAUCAAGGGCCAAACAUAUAAACUAGCGGACACUGGCCAGUACCUGAGGAGAGAGGAAAUUGACUUCACAAGUACACACGAUCUCGACAAGGAGCCAGUGGCGCUCAACGGUGGUCGCAUCGAGGUGACGUGGGAGAAGAUGAGCAAAUCCAAACACAAUGGUCUAGACCCGCAAGAGGUGGUGCAGCAGUACGGCGUGGACACGGCUCGGCUCUACAUCCUUUACGCUGCUCCACCUGAACAAGACAUCCUCUGGAAUGUCAAGACCGAUGCUCUUCCUGGGGUCCUGCGAUGGCAGUCUCGACUGUGGCAGCUGGUGACAAAGCUGCGAGGAGCACGACAACUUGGUGACGUGCCUAACCCCUCACUGCUGAAGAAAAAGGAGCUGGCCGAGGCCCGGAAGAUCUGGGAAAACAAGAACUAUGCCAUUCAAGAGGUGACGGCUAACUUCACAGAGGACUUCCUUUUCAAUGCAGCCAUUUCUCGUUUAAUGGGACUUACCAACACGCUACAUAGUGCAACAGUGAGAGUUUUGCAACACAGUGCAGAGUUUGAGGAAGCGCUGGCUGCCCUGGUUACGAUGGUGGCACCCAUGGCUCCUCACUUGGCCUCUGAACUUUGGACAGGUCUUUCCCAGGUUAAAAACCCCCUCUCCCCUCUCCUCCAACGGGGAGGAAACGUUCUGCAGGAGUCCUGGCCUUCCGUGGACUCCCAGUAUCUGGAAGUCCCUGACUUUGUGGAAGUUACUGUGCUGAUUAACAACAAGCCCUGUGGCACAGUGACGGUGCCUCUACAAGUGUCCAAAGAUUCCAGCGGGGUUCAGCAGCUGGUGAUGGAGAGCUCCAUUGGACAGAAACUUCUGAGCGAGCGCACCAUCAAGCGAGCCAUCCUGUCCCCCAGGGCUGCUCUCAUCAACUUCCUUGUCGAUGAGUGAUGUUUGAGUGUUCGCCACCUCUUUCGUAGCUGCUUGCUGCUGGUACCUGUCAAUCAGAGACCCACGGAGGCAGAAAAAAGGAAUGGACUUUGUAAUGUCAAGAAAAAUUAUGAUUUGUCAUAUCAUGUCAUGUAAAUAUCUCUAGAAACACUUUAUUUAUAUUUUCAGUUUUUUAAAUAAAAGUUUCAAGAAGCA